CCCCUAUCAGGAACAGGAUGUGGGUGGAGACUUCCCUACGGUUGCUGCUCCUGCCCCGAGUUUAGGCCGGUAUAAGGCCACCUUGCCAGACCAAGAGAACCUGGAUGGAAAAGAGAGAGGCCACCAUGUCCUCUCGGAACCCAGAGCAAAAACAGAGCCUGGUGGGCUGGGACUCCCAUCUUUCUAGAAUCUUCCUGUUGCUGCUAUCUGUAGUCUCAGCCCAGGGGAUCACCCCAAAUCCUGAAGCCUGUCUGGUGUUCUCCUCAGUCAAUGGCAGCUCCAUCUCCUGCCAGCCACCUGCCCAAAUCCCCCACAGCCUCCCAGCUGACACCAUCUUUCUGGCCAUGGAGUUCUUCAACCUGACUCAGCUGCCUGCCGACUUCCUCCAGGGCGUCCCUAACCUCCAGGAACUCCACCUUUCCAGCAACCGACUGGAGGACCUCUCCCCCAAGUUCCUGCUGCCCGUGCCCCAGCUAAAGGUGCUCGACCUGACCCGCAAUUCCCUGACCGGGCUGUCCCCUGGCUUCUUCCGGGUCUCGGCUGCCCUCUGCACCCUGGUGCUGAAGGGAAACCAGCUGAAGUUUCUGGAAGCCUCAUGGCUGCACGGCCUGAAAGCCCUACGACAUCUAGACCUGUCUGAGAACCAGCUCCACUCCCUGCCCCCUGGGCUCCUGGAGAAUUUCACCGACCUGCUCACCCUUGACCUUAGCAAUAACCAGCUGCAGACAUUGCCCCCUGACCUUCUGAGGGGCCCCUUGAACUUGGAACGGCUGCAUCUGGAGGGCAAUAGACUGCAGGUGCUCGGAGAGGGCCUUCUGGCACCCCAGCCAAAACUGCGCUACCUCUUCCUGAAUGACAACAGGCUGGCCUCGGUGGCAGCCAGCGCCUUCCGAGGUCUGCAGAAACUGGACAUGCUGGAUCUCUCCAACAACUUGCUGACCACGGUGCCCGCAGGCCUCUGGACCUCCCUGGGGAAGGCUGCCAGGAACCUCAAGGACGGCUUUGACAUCUCUAAUAACCCCUGGAUCUGUGACCAGAACCUGGCCGACCUCUAUCGUUGGCUGGUAGCCAAUGAAGACAAGAUGUUCUUCCGGAAUCACACACGCUGUGCCGGCCCUGAGGCCUUGAAGGGCCAGACGCUCCUGGCUGCGGCUGAGUCCCAUUGAAGCCCGGGGCGGGGACUAGGGCUGGGGUGGGGAGGCAAGUCUUCAUAGGCCAGUGCACCCCACUUAGCAAAUAAUCCCCCCUUCUAAGGGUGAGACUGGGCUUCCCAUAGUUUCUGGAAUCUGUUUCAUCCAGGCUUCCGGAAACAUGCUUUGAACCUUCCUUCUUUAUUGCCUUUGCUCACGCUGUAUCCUCUUCCAGAAAUUUCUUUCCCCCUAUCUCUCAGACCUCUUGGUCUCUGGCUCCUCCAGCCUGCCCUGGCCCCACACUGAAGUUGUGUCAAUCUGGCUCUGUCUCCCACUUUGUGUGUGGUUUUCUGAGUGCAGGACCUUGGACUCGAUUUCCUUUUAUCCAGCAUCACUCAGCUUGGAGUCAGACUGUAUUGUUGUUAAGCCCUGUCUGACUCUUUGCGAUCCAUGGGCCAGGCUUCUGUGUCUUCCACAAUCUCCUGGAGUUUGCUCAAAUUCAUGUCUAUUGAGUCAGUGAUGCUAUCUAAUAACCAGAUCAUCCUCUAUUUCCACCUUCUUCUCUUGUCCUCAAUCUUUCCUAGUAUCAGGGUCUUUUCCAAAGAGUUGGCUCUUUGCAUCAGGUGGAGCUUCACUAAUAAAUAAUUGUUGAACAGAA